GCAACCCGUUUUAAAGCCACAACCCCAAAGUGCGCCAGCGGAGGAGAGGCAGCGCCUGGCGACACGACCGCACCGUGCAGCCGCUGCCCGCAUCUGGAACAAGACGUCUUUACGGCGCUGUCAGGAUUUUUGCACAGCUCUCCCACAGAAGACCAGGGAUGGGCCGCCUGGCGUUGGAAGAAGCCUCACAUCUUUUCAUCUCAAACUCUGAAGAGCAGAGCUGCUUGAUUUAAGUGAACAUUUAGAUCUGGACGACAUCUGCCUGUAUGAUGCAUUUCAGAUUAUUGUGUAAGUAGCGAGAGCAAAGCAGCCAUUACCCUUCAGUGCAGAAAUUGAAUGGAAAUAUGGACACCUUCAAUGGAGGGAUUUUGACUCAACAUGUCCAGGAACCAUGAGCCUGGUCACUCAGUAGGGAUGUUGGCUGCCGUGGAACAUGGUCCCAUCCUCUGCAGCGACUCCAACAUCCUCUGCCUCUCGUGGAAAGGCCGGGUGCCCAAGAGCGAGAAGGACAAGCCGGUGUGCCGGAGACGGUACUAUGAGGAGGGCUGGCUCGCCACGGGGAACGGGAGAGGAGUCGUUGGGGUGACGUUUACAUCGAGUCACUGCAGGAGGGACAGGAGUACCCCUCAGAGAAUCAAUUUUAACCUGCGAGGACACAACAGCGAGGUUGUCUUGGUGCGUUGGAAUGAGCCCUUUCAGAAGCUGGCCACCUGCGACAUGGAGGGAGGGAUUUUUGUGUGGAUCCAGUAUGAAGGAAGAUGGUCUGUGGAGUUAGUGAACGACAGAGGAGCCCAGGUGAGUGACUUCACCUGGUCACAUGAUGGCACUCAAGCCCUCAUCGCGUACAGGGACGGCUUUGUGUUGGUCGGCUCAGUCAGUGGACAGAGACACUGGUCCUCGGAGAUUAACCUGGAGAGUCAGAUCACCUGUGGCAUCUGGACCCCUGACGAUCAGCAGGUGUUGUUUGGUACAGCAGAUGGUCAGGUGAUAGUCAUGGACUGCCACGGCCGGAUGCUUGCCCAUGUUCUGUUGCACGAGUCUGACGGGAUCGUGAGCAUGUCCUGGAACUGCCCCAAUUUCCUGGUGGAGGACAGCACAGAGAGCGACACCGACUCGGACGACAAUAUUCUGCCUUUAGUGCGGCGAGUCAAGCCACUGUUAACAGUCACCUUCUUAUCGGGAGAUAUCAGUCUGAUGAACAACUACGAUGACCUCUCUCCUGCUGUAAUUCGCUCAGGGCUGAAAGAUGUUGAGGCCCAGUGGUGCUCCCAGGGAGAUCUGCUGGCUGUGGCCGGCAUGGAGAGACACGGGCUUCCUCCCGCCUCUGGGUGCGCAUCCAUCAUGAGGAACGCCCUCGUAAAGUUUUAUAACGUCCAAGGAGAACACAUCUACACUUUGGAGACCCCAGCACAGAGGCCCAUCACCACCAUCUGUUGGGGUCACAGAGACUCCCGUCUCUUCCUUGCCUGCGGCCCCGCUCUGUACGUGGUGCGUGUGGAGCACAGGGUCGCCAGCCUCCAGCUCUUAUGCCAGCAGGGCAUCGCCAGCGCCCUGCGAGAGGAGAAGGAUGUGGGGAAACUCAACAUGCCGUCGUUGCUCUGCUCUUAUGUCACCACUGCUUUCAUACCAACCAUCAAGCCCCCGAUUCCUGACCCCAACAACAUCCGGGACUUUGUCAGCUAUCCCACAGCUGGCAACGAGAGGCUCCACUGCACCAUGAAGCGGGCGGAGGACAGCCCGGAGGCAAGUGGACCCUGCUACACUCUCUACCUGGAAUAUUUAGGAGGGCUGGUGCCUAUUCUCAAAGGAAGGAGGAUCAGCAAACUACGGCCCGAGUUCAUCAUCAUGGAUCCAAAAACAGACAGCAAAGCAGAGGAGGUGUGUGUGAACCCCAUGAUCUCAUACGCCGACAGCUGUAACUGCUCUGACUCCAGUGACAUUGAGUUGAGCGACGAGUGGGUCGGGAAGAAGUCACCAAAGUUAUCCAGAGGAAACAGGAUGAACAUAGAAUCGAGAAAAUCGCCCAAACUCUCACGGGCCAAUCACGAAGGCCAGCGGUCGCCACGGUUACCGACAAAGAAGCCUCCAGUCCGAUCUCCCAGUCUGACACGACGGGAGUUUUCUAUGGAUGGAAUCACAGAGCACAACUACCUUGCUCAAGUCACAUCCAACAUUUGGGGGACAAAGUUCAAAAUUGUCGGACUUGCUUCGUUCCUCCCCGCCAACCUUGGUGCAGUCAUCUAUAAGACCAGUUUACUUCAUUUGCAACCGAGGCAGAUGACGAUCUACCUGCCGGAAGUGCGAAAGAUUUCUCACGACUUUAUGAGCCUGCCCGUGUUCAACCCUAAUGUGUUCAGUGAAGAUGAGGACGAUUUACCAGUUAUGGGGCCAUCAGGAGUGGCAGGAGACAAUCCUUCCUGUACGGUCAACAUUCCCAUCGCUCCCAUCCACAGCCCGGCUCAGGCCAUGUCCCCGACUCAGAGCAUCGGCCUGGUUCAGUCUCUCCUGGCCAAUCAGAAUAUUCAGCUCGAUGUCUUGACCAACCCCACAGCCACGGCGGCAGCGGCAGUUGCAGCAGCUGCGGCUUCUGUCCCGGUCACCGAUCACAGCCAGGAUGCAGUUGCAUCACCGUACCCAGUGCCGACCAGAUACUCAAACCCUGGCCAGGUGAUCUUCAACGGGCUGGAGAUGGGUCCUCUUCUUCCUGGUACUCUACCACCCCCUCCUCACCAUCUCCCGCCUCACCCACAGCGGCCUCAUCCGCAGCAGCCUCGCCAACCGCCCAAGCAGUCGCAACAAAUGCAGACGCAGCAGCAGCAGCAGCAGCAGCAGCAGCAGCAGAAAUUGCAUCAUCUUCAACAACAGCAGCAGCAGCAACACCAUCAUCAGUCGCAGUCACAGCAGCAGCAGCAACAGCAGCAGCAGCAACAGUUACAGCAGCAACAUCAACAGCUACAGCAACUGCACCAGCAGCAGCAGGCGCUACAUCAACAGCAGCAACAGCAUCAACAACAACUGCAGGUUCAGCAGCACCAACAAAUGCAGCAAAGUCAACAGCAAGUGAACACCCAACAGCUGCAGCACCAACACCAAAUCCACCAGCAGCAGCAACAGAUGCAGAUGCAGCAUGAGCAGAUGCAGCAGCAGCAGCAGCAGAUGCAGCAGCAGCAGCAGCAAAUCCGGCAACAGAUCCAGGAGAUGAGGCAGCAGCAGCAGCAGCUCCAGCAGCAGCACCAGCAGAUCCAGCAGCAACAUCAGCAGAUGCAGAGGCAGCACCAGCAAAUGCAGCACCAGCUGAAGAUGCAGAUGUCGCUGCCUCCACCUCCGACUGGCUAUCCAACCAUUUCCUUACAGCAGAUUCACAUUCUGCCUCAAAUUGCUCACCCGUCCAUCGAACUGGGGCUAGAGCGGAUCGAGCACAUGCACACUCUGAAGCCAAGUCUGCCAAGGUCUUUACCCCCCUCCUUCAGCGACACAGAUGGGUCCAUCGAGAUUCAGAUGAGGAAGGUGAAUCCUCCUCCUCCAUAUCCAGGCACUGUAGUCUCUGCAAGUGCAGGCGCAGCCGCAGCCGCAGCCACACCUCAAACUCUUGUCACAAACAGCCCGAGCAUCCUGGCAACCGACGCCUGUCUGAAGAAGGAUGACUUCUUGCUUCACCCCAUCACUUUGCAGUACCCGACUCCUCUGGGGUAUGAAAGGAUCACGACCUUUGACAGCAGCGGCAAUGUGGAGGAGGUCUGUCGGCCACGCAGGCGCCUCAUUCGAAACCAAAAUGCAUACACUGUGCAUGGCAUCGGAGGCUCUGCCACACUCAAAGUCACCUCCUCUGAGAAUAAAAAAGUUCAGCUUCCGUACAGCUCAGCAACACUGAGUCGUCUCUCUGUCCCUCGAUACUCGAUACCAAGUGGAGACCCUCCUCCUUACCCUGAUCCGGCCAAUCAAGUAACUGCCACACUUCCUCCUCCCCAGAGAAUCGACAGCAGUCUUAUUCAUGCCACUCUACGUCGUGACCGAAGGGACGUGGGACUGAAAGUGCCGCAGAUGAUGGAAAGCUCAAGAACCCUUCCCACCAAGGCAAAAAUGAACAGUGCAUUAGCUCUCUCCUACCAGCAGAGGGUGCCCACUGCAUUGUACACAUGCACACAGUGCAGCAGUAACAGCAGCAGCACCAGUGUCAGUGUCAGUGGAGGUGGAACUACAAGUAGUGGUAUUGCAGGAGGCACGGUGGUGAGGCAGGAAUUCCCGACGGGGAAAAGUUCACAUCACAGUACGAUUAUCGUGCACUCCAAGAGCACCUCCCCUCUGGCCUCCCACUCAUCGUACAGCCUGCUGGGUUCUGUUGAUAACAGAGGUGACAGAACAGUGUACGUAAACUCCGCCUUUACUGAAGACGAGACUUUAAAUCAACAGUGUCACCUUGAAAAAUCGGUGCGUCAGCUGACUCUUGGAGAUGUCAGUUUGACGGUUAAACGCCCUCCGCCUUACCAGUGGGACACAUCCACGACCGAGGAGUUUUGGCUCACCCCAGAUCAAACCAUGUUAGCUCCUCCACCAGGACCUCAUAAACCACCUCCAAUCAUCAUCAGUCAGGCUCAACACAUAGACAUGACACGCCUUCCCUUUGUGCUCACAACGAAACCGCCAGCAAGUACGACUACGAGCACUCUUACUUUCCCAUCAGGUUACCAGAUAUCCCUCUCACCUUUUCCACCAGGUGUGGGUCACGGCGGGCCGCCACUUCAGACCUUACAGAACCCUCAACCACAAUGCUCUCCAAACGAAGUGGUUGCUCAACUCCCUUUUGCUCAGCAGGAUCCCACUUUGGUCUUACCACCUGGUUACCCUUCGAGUCUCGCUAACCUGGCUUGCUGCCCCCUCCCUCCGAUGUAUCCUGGAGCCAGCUCAUGUUCUGGACUCCAGCUGCACCCUGUCAGCCUCCACCCCUGGAACCCCUACCCCUGCCCACCACCCAUGCAAGACCCUCCAGCACCUCCCCUCCCGACCAAAACCCAUCAGAUUUUAGAGAAGCCGAUUCUCUCCCCACCUCCCCCAACUGGACCACCCCCGCCACCUCCUCUCCCGCCUCCCCCUCCACCUACCGAGCUACCACCAUCCAAAAGUGCCACAGAGGAUUUGACAGAGUCUGCGAACAACUUUGCAGAGCCAUCAUCCCUGAAUGAAAGCCCUGUGCCGCAGGAGUCGGAGCGCUUCAACAAGAAGAGCCGUAAAAGACUGGACAGCAGGGCUGAGGAGGCCAACAUGACCACCGUCUCCGAGGGCAAAUCCAGAAAGGAAGGGCGAGCGCUCUCCGACUUCAACACGCUCAUUUCCAGCCCGAGGCUUGGCAGCAGAGAGAAGAAGAAGCCCAAGGGGCCGAGAGAGCAGCUCAAUAAAACCAAGAAGAUGAGCAGGACAACGAAUGAGUUCCAGGAUAGUUCAGAGAGCGAACCAGAGCUGUUCAUUAGCGGCGACGAGCUCAUGAACCAGAACCAGAGUAGUAAGAAGAGCUGGAAGAACAAGCGCAGCAUGCGUAUGGCGAGCGAGCUGGAGGAGAUUAAAUGUCGCAAGGCGAAUGAAAGAGAGGACCGUAGUUUAGGCAGCCAAGGAUUUGUCUACGUCAUGGCCAAUAAACAACCAUUGUGGAACGAAGCCACGCAGGUCUACCAGCUGGACUUCGGAGGACGAGUCACGCAGGAGUCCGCAAAGAAUUUUCAGAUCGAGUUGGAUGGUCGACAGGUGAUGCAGUUCGGGCGGAUCGAUGGCAACGCCUACAUCUUGGAUUUCCAGUAUCCUUUCUCAGCAGUGCAGGCAUUUGCUGUGGCCCUGGCCAACGUGACUCAAAGGCUGAAGUGAAAAGGUUUACUUUGUGUUGUUGCAGAAGAAUCCGAAAGAAGCUGCAGUGUGUGUUCCUGUGCACCUCUCAGUGUGGGGCUGUACCUGCCACAGUGUCAGCGUUGCAGCAGAAGAGAUUAUCAUACGAGUUGCACAUGCAGAUAGUUUACAGGAGUCUAUUAAAGGUAAAGUCCAGGUCAUUAUUGAAGGAAAUUAUAUCAGUGCAUCCAUAAUUUCUAAUUCAUAUAUUGAAUGUAUUCGAACUUAAAAUUGUAUUUACUGGAAUUAGAAAAUACUCACUAUCAUUGGAUAAAAAGUGAUCUAAGUACUUAAAGUUACUUUAAAAUCAGCCUCCAGGGUUUAAGACAUCCUCCCACUUUUUAAAUACUUAAUUAAUCUUGAUGUAUGACAAAUCAUUAAUCAUUUAAUGUACAUUUGUGGAGUAAAUACAUAAAAGAGUAGAUUUUUUAAGGUGCAAAUUUGCAAAUAAAAUUUUACAAAGCCAUAUCCUAUCUAAUUCAAACUCUGCACUGGUUUAAUUCAGUUCAAAGUAAUUUAAAGUAAAUUAAGAAUAGUGUUUUAAACUGAGUAUAACCCUAUCGUUGUUUCUGUUUGAAUACACAUUGUAUUUUUAUUGUUUUUUCAAAUCCAUUUUUUUUCUGUUGAACAUGUAUUAGAACAAUAUACUGAUAUAUAUAUUUGAUUGUAUAAGUUGCAACUAUGCAUCUAAACUCAGUUAAACAGGGCUAAAUGGGUGCAGUAACCCAUAGCUCGUAUAUGUUCUAUCCAUGUCACUUCUAUGAAGUACAUAUUAAAUAUAGAUUAUUUUAGCCACAAUACUGAAAAUCACCAUUCACAGAUUAUUUUUCAUGUGUAAAAUUUAAACACAAUUUCUUUAUCCAACCUCCCAUUACAAUGGAAUUUGUCAGAAGUGGUGAAUAGUGAGUCUAAAUGUGCCAAAUAAAGUUGAAUGUGUUUGACUGAAACAAAGCCAGUUAGGAAAAAUGGUAUAAAAUGGUCUAACAAAGAUCUCAUCCCCAAACAGAACAGACUGUUACGAUUGAGAUUCUCUCAGUCGGUCUCUCCUGACCGGCUCUGUGUUGUUUUCAUGGGGUGUUUAUGAUGCUGCUUGAAAACUGCAUUUGAAUGUGAAGUACAGUAGUUUUGCCUCCUUGGAAGUCAGUGCUGCUUUAGAUAGAGCUUGUGUGCAGUGAUGCUACCUACAUAGAACUGAUGUUGUACUUGCAAAAGAAAAUAUAGCGCUGCUUGCACUGUGUGUUUAGUGAGUGACCUGACAUCAUUAUUAUAUGCAUAGAAAUAAAUGUGCUUAUAUGUUGCUACUUUCAGUAAUUUUCUAUUUUCAUUUACUGUAACAUGGAUUUUUUGUUGAUGUUACAGUUGUGGAAAAUAAGAACGAGAACAAUAAACUUGCAAAGGUGUUUAAUACAACUUAUUCAUCGAUUGAUAAGAUCAACAGCUAGUAUGAGAUUCAUGUAGAAUUGGUGCUAAUGUAAAAAGAAACACACUUGGGAAUGUCAGGACAGGUUAUUUUAAAGAAAGUAUUUUGAAGGAGGCACAAGAAAGGUUUUAGUGCGUAGAGUUUUCAUUUAAGAGCUUUUCAUCCAAUGCAGACGUCAGCGAUGGUGUGUCAGUUUUCAGCAAUACUGCCGAAUGAAUAGUUGGUUGCCUGAUUAUUUUUUUCUCUCUUAUUUCGUGAAGGAAACAAAAAUGUUAUGACCAUAGGUUGACAAGGACCUAUAGGCUGAGCAUAAUGUAAUAAAAAAAACUCUAUUGUUCCAA